AGGAUUGCUGGUACUAAUAUGUGCGCCAUUAUCCUCCUUUACGUGAACUGUGCGCAAAUUUCCUCUAUUGACCUCACCGUGCCCAUGUUCAGCCUCGGGAAUUGAUUCCAUGGAGCAACUUCAAUGAUGAAUGAGGAUGAAAAUUUCGCGAGAAAGCUUGCUCUCCAUUUUGAGCUCGAAGAUCGUUUCGAAAGAAUUUCAGCCAAGUUUUCUGAUGUUAAUCCGAUGACUUUGGGAUUCAUCCUUGCAAGCGUCGACAACGAUUUUGAUGCUGCUGUACGCGAUGCCUACGACGUCGCCUCUCAAUUCAUGGAGACUGAUCAACUGAACUGGAUCAAUUUGCUGAUCCGCUACCCGCACAUCGAUGAUGACAUAAUUACAUCCAUAUUCCUUGACACGAAGUUUAAUCUGCAAAUGAGCAUCAGUCGAAUCGAAGAUGAUGAACUGCGCUCAAUAGAAAAGACUCGUAAUGAUAACGGCUGUGAUCCUAGCAACAAGUUGAUCGAAAAUAAAUCUGCCCCGGUGAGCGUAGAUCCCAAUGCUCUGCGUGCAAAGGCUCUUCAUUACCUCAGACAAGCCCACGAAUACAUGGAAAGAGCGAAUGAUCCUCAGGCGAGGAAUACUCCCGGUUUGAUCGAUCAUUAUAGAGCAAUGAGUGCUUCGUUUGCAUCGAAAUACAAGAAAGAGAAUGAAAACGCCGCCGCCAUAAUUGCAUCUUCCAUGAAUUCUGGUGAAAAUCCACAUUCUCUUGAUCUACAUUAUCUUCAAAUUCCGGAAGCUGAAGAGUGCUUGAGAAAUUGGCUUCAGGACCAAAAAGCAAAACUCGAUAGAAUCCGAUUGCAUAAUGCCCGUACCAUCCAGAGAACGCUGGUGAUCAUUACUGGGAAGGGAAAUCGGAGCCAUGGCAAGCGAGCCAAGUUAUUUCCUUUCGUCAGAAAUUUCUUGCAGAAGGGAGGAUACAAAGAAACCAGGUCAUUUUUGCGUCCUGAUGACGGCUUGACCGAGGAGACAAGUGAUCUGGCAUUAUUCGUAGCACUCCGAAUUGGUAUCGUGCUCCUCGAAGGACCCGAGUAUUUGCGCGAAUUGAAAUCGCCGUUGGUUAUCAAGCCUGAAGAGGUUAAGCUUCAAGCUUACAGGGAACUGGGUGAGGGCUCUUUCGGAAGGGUUGUUGUUGCAACAUGGAAGGAGAUGGAGGUUGCUGUGAAGCUGAUCAAGUGGGAAGAUUCAAAGAAGUCCGCUGCGAUCAUCAGAGAAGCCAAACUUGUGAUGAAGUGCAAUCAUGCGCACGUUGUUCGCGUUUUUGGUGUAACAAGCUUACCUCACCAGCAUAUCGGGAUCGUAAUGGAAUUGUCGGAUGGCGGAAAAUUGACGUCUGAAAUGAUGAAGAAAUUCGGUUCUCCCGAAGGAAUCUUCGAAGCAUACCGAUUCUGUAUUGGUGUUGUUAACGGACUGCAGUAUUUGCACCAGAAAAGGCAUAUCGUACAUCGGGAUCUGAAGCCGGAUAAUAUCCUUUGUUUCGGAAAACCGGAAACUCCGAAAAUCGCUGAUUUCGGCUUUGCCAAGGAAAUCGAAAAUUCUUUCGAAUACAUGAAAUCGCAAGUUGGGUCCUUGCUGUACAUGGCUCCGGAAAUGACGUCCGCCAGAAAAAUCCCCAGAAAGUACACGAAGUCGGUUGACAUUUACAGUCUAUCGAUCUUCUCUGGCAACAAGCCUAUCUUCAGCAGCAAAUACGAUGAUCUGUCAGAUCUGAUCAAAGCGAAGUCAGAAGGAAAGAUCAAGAAUCAAAACCUUUUGAGCAGUCUUCCGGAUUCUUUGAAAGAACUCAUCAACCUGGGUUGUUCGCCUGAUUCCAAAAUUCGCCCCAAGUUGUCCGAAUUUCAUUCUGCGUUGCUGUCUGAAGUUUCAAGGCCUCCGGAUAAACUAGACGGUCCGGAUCCUGUCGGGAAUAAGAAAACAGGAAAUAAAAAUAAGACGGAUCCGGAAAUCAAUCGGGAAAGGGAUCGAGGAAAUAAUUUCUUCAGAUCUCUGCGUCGGAGUCUGUCGAAGCGUUGGAGACUACUCGCUGAAAAUUUGGAUUGCGAAGGAUUUCAAAUUUUACCCUGCAUUCCCCUCAGAAUUCUUGAAAUCAACGUGGCAUUCAUGCCAAAGGUUGCCUCCAGGUCAUCCAAGGCAAUUCCACCAUUUUCAUCAACAGCCGCCUUCACAGCCGCCAAAGUGGCGGCCAAUGUGGCGGCUGUUGAUGAAAAUGGCGGAAUUGCCUUGGAUGACCUGAAGGCAACCCUUAGAAAGAAUGUCGAACCCGAUAAACUAAGUCAGUUCAAAGGGGAUCGUUCGAAAAUGGUUCUUGACCUAGAGAGUUUCCGGGCCGACAAGGGCGGUAAUCCGGAUGAAAUCCGGAAAAAUCAGAAGGAUCGGUUUGAUGACGUGCAACUCGUUGAAACCGUGAUAGACAAGGACAAUGAAUGGCGGAAGCAUCGUUAUAUGGCCGAUGCUUGGAACAAGAUGAAGAACAUGUGCAGCAAAGUCAUCGGCGAUAAAAUGAAGAUCACGGAAACGUCGCGUAACACAGCAUUAAAAGAAAUCGGAAAUCUUUUGCACCCUUCUGUUCCCAUCGAUGACAAUGAAGAUAAUAAUACCGUGGAGCGCAUGGUUGGUGACGUGGAGCAAAGGACAAAAUAUUCGCAUUUUGACUUGAUUCACAUGAUCGAUGGUGUCGACAGCGAAAGAGGAGCUGCGGUCAGCGGUGCUCGUGGUUACUAUUUGAAGGGUCCUGCGUUGUUCUUGGAACAGGGUCUGAUCCAGCUAUCUCUGAAAAUGCUCGUUGAUAAGGAUUACACUGCGAUGAGUCCACCGUAUUUCAUGAGGAAGGACGUCAUGCAAGAGGUUGCUCAGUUGUCCCAAUUCGAUGAAGAAUUGUACAAAGUGACGGGAAAAGGUAGCGAAAAAGAUGGAGCCGAUGAAAAGUAUCUCAUUGCGACAUCGGAGCAGCCGAUCGCAGCAUUUCAUCGUGAUGAAUGGAUCGCAGAAUCUGCGUUGCCUAUUAGAUACUGUGGUUUAUCGUGCUGCUUCAGACAAGAAGCUGGAUCGCAUGGUCGUGAUACGCGAGGAAUUUUCCGUGUUCACCAGUUUAACAAGGUGGUCGAGCAAUUCUGCAUCACCUCUCCCGAAGACGAUUCGAGUUGGAAGAUGAUGUCUGAAAUGUUGAAUAAUGCCGAAGAUUUUUGCAAGAUGCUUGGCAUUGCUUAUAGGGUUGUGAACAUCGUUUCCGGAGCUCUCAACAAUGCAGCCGCGAAGAAAUGGGAUAUAGAAGCAUGGUUUCCUGGCUCAGGUGCUUUUCGGGAACUCGUCUCUUGCAGUAAUUGUACUGAUUACCAGUCCAGGCGUCUGCUCAUACGCUACGGACAGACCAAGAAAAUGGGAACUAAUACGAAAUACGUCCACAUGCUGAAUGCGACGAUGUGUGCUACUACUCGAGUGAUCUGCGUUUUGUUGGAACUCAAUCAGACUGAAGAUGGAAUUAGAGUUCCCGAACCUCUGCAGCCGUACAUGCCGAAAAAAUACAAGGAAUUCAUUCCAUUCGUGCAACCAGCCCCGAUCGAUGAGCAAGAAGCGAAAAAGCAGAAGAAGCAGAAGGACGCGUCGCAGAAGAAAUGAAAUUGAGCUCAUUCAGCAUAAUGAUCAUCGAUUCUAACUCUCAUCGUUGAUUUACUGCGUGGUCAAUCACUUCCACCUUCCUUCCGACUCAUUCUGUUCUGCUUCGUCUUCGCGCACGAUUUCAAAUGCAAAAAUGUAAGGAGAGA